AUGGGAAUGAGCCUGGACCUCAAAGAUGUCCUGGUGUCGGAGUAUACGUACACAGAAGCGUCGGAGUACACCUACGAAGAUGUGGAGGGUGAGGAAGAGGAGGAAGCUGUGGAAGUUGAAGAUGAUGACGACGAGGAAGAAGAUGAGUGA